GUGAGUGUGACUGUGAGUGCGACUGUGCGAGAGGAAGGGCAUUUUUUAUGGCGUGGGCUCGCCAAGUUGGGUGAAUGAUUGGGCAAUACAACAAGGCUCGUGCGUCUUUACAAGAACCGCAGCCCCGCCUGUUCUAUAUCUCAGGCAGGCAAAAAGGAGUGUUCUUAAAUUUUUACAGAUAAUAAAGUAGACCCUCUCACACACACAUCCAACAAAAAGCAGUAGGGGUCCAAAACACCAGACCCUGACUCACCUUUCUUCUUCUUCUUCUUCCUCUGUUUCCUCUGUAAAAAUUGUCCUUAAAAACCCCACAUCCCAAACCUUCCAAUGCCAGAAUCUUCCUCUUUCUAGGACACCAUGAAAUUAAUUAGAGACACUAAAGCGAACCCUUCACCGGAUUUAUUGGUUUGUUUCCCUUCUCGCUCGCAUUUCGCUUUAAUGCCAAACCCACUCUGUAGUCCUGCCAGAGCAUCUGAUUCGAACAAGCUCCGCCGUUAUCACCGGCGGAGGAGGUCGGCGGAGAGUCCGGUGGUUUGGGCCAAAGCGAAGACGAUGGGGGGGUCUGAGGUGUCGGAACCGUCGUCGCCGAAAGUGACCUGUGCAGGGCAGAUUAAGAUGAGGCCGAAGAGCAGGAAGAGCUGGGAAUCGGUGAUGGAGGAGAUAGAGAGAAUUCAUAAUAGGAGGGAAUUACGGCGGAGGAGGUUCAAUUGGGUCGAAUCUUUAGGGUUCAAGAAGGAUAUAAUGCAAUUCUUAACGUGUUUACGGAGCUUACGGUUUGAUUUUGGGUGUUUCGGAGCUUUCCCUGAAGCAGAGUUCACCUCUGAAGACGAAGAAGAAGAGGACGUGGCUGUCCAGGGGAGUGAUGGCUCCAGAACGGCGUUUUCUAAAUGGUUUAUGGUUUUACAGGGAAGUGGGGUCCGGAGAGACGGCAACGGUCUCUGUACAGUUGAUGAUGCAUCGAUUGGGCCGCCGAUGGCGCCGCCCAGAAACGCGCUUUUGCUGAUGCGCUGCAGGUCUGCUCCGGCGAAGAGUUGGGUGGAGGAAGGAUGUUCGGAGGAGGAAGAAGAAACAGAGGUGAAGGUGAAGAAGAGCUUGAAAUGGCUAAUGGAGGAAGAGAACAGAGAGAGCAGGGGUUUGGUUACGAGGAGUCAGAGUUGGAAGGUUUGAUCUCAAUGGGUAAGGAACUCCCAUCUUCCACAUUUUCACAUUGGUUUGGUUGGUACAGUUUGAGUAAGAUUUGGAUUAUCUUGUUAAUUAAACA